CGGGCCGGGCCGGGGUCUCCUGUCCCCGCCCCCCACCCCACCCCGCAGGGCCGGGCCGCUGGAUCCCGACGCUCCCAGCCGGGAAGAGGCGGACACUAAGGUGUCUCCUCUAGCUGGUGGCCCGGCUCCGGCCCGGCCCGGCCCGGACAAAGGGCAGCUGCGGGAGAGGCGGGGCGGAGCUGAGCUGAGCGGAGGAGGAGGAAGGAGAGGAGCUGAGCUGAGCGCCCCCGAGCCUCGCCUCGCCUCGCCUCGCCCCCGCAGCUUGUCCCGCGCGGCCCCCGCCUUGCAGCCCCCCGGCGGGCGGCUGGACGGGGGGUCCGUGGAGGGGGGUGGGGGGCGGCUGGACGUCCGGCGGGAGCGCCCGCUGGGCUGCACCGACGUCGCCGAGGACCGCCCGGCCCCGGCCACCAUGGGCGACAAAGGGACCAGGGUGUUUAAGAAGGCAAGCCCUAAUGGCAAGCUCACGGUCUACCUGGGGAAGAGGGACUUUGUGGACCACGUAGAUAUGGUGGACCCUGUCGAUGGUGUCGUGCUGGUGGCUCCUGAGUACCUGAAGGAGAGGAAAGUCUUUGUCACGCUGACCUGCGCCUUCCGUUACGGCCGCGAGGACCUGGACGUGCUGGGCUUGACCUUCCGCAAGGACCUGUUUGUGGCCAACGCCCAGGCCUUCCCGCCGGCCCCCGAGGACCGGCCUCCGCUCACCCGCCUGCAGGAGCGCCUUAUCAAGAAACUAGGGGAGCACGCUCACCCCUUCACUUUCCAGAUUCCCCCCAACCUCCCCUGCUCCGUCACGCUGCAGCCUGGACCCGAGGACACAGGGAAGGCCUGCGGUGUGGACUAUGAGGUGAAGGCCUUCUGUGCUGAGAACCUGGAGGAGAAAAUUCACAAAAGGAAUUCCGUGCGACUGGUGAUCCGGAAAGUGCAGUAUGCUCCGGAGCGCCCGGGCCCCCAGCCCAUGGCAGAGACCACCAGGCAAUUCCUCAUGUCUGACAAGCCUCUGCACCUGGAGGCAUCUCUGGACAAAGAGAUCUACUACCACGGAGAACCCAUCAACGUCAACGUCCACGUCACCAACAACACCAACAAGACCGUGAAGAAGAUCAAGAUUUCAGUACGCCAGUAUGCGGAUAUCUGUCUCUUCAACACGGCUCAGUACAAGUGUGCGGUGGCGGUGGAGGAGGCUGACGACGUGGUGGCUCCGAGUUCUACAUUUUGUAAGGUAUACACGCUGACCCCCUUCCUUGCCAACAACCGGGAGAAGCGAGGUCUGGCCCUGGAUGGGAAACUCAAGCACGAGGACACGAACCUAGCUUCCAGCACCUUGCUAAGAGAUGGUGCCAACAAGGAGGUCCUGGGCAUCAUUGUGUCUUACAAGGUCAAGGUGAAGCUGGUGGUGUCUCGGGGAGGCCUCUUGGGAGAUCUAGCCUCCAGCGACGUGGCCGUGGAGCUGCCUUUCACUCUGAUGCACCCCAAGCCGAAGGAGGAACCGCUUCACCAGGGUGUUCCAGAGCACGAGGCUCCAAUUGACACCAACCUCAUAGAGCUGGACACCAACGACGACGACAUCGUAUUCGAGGAUUUCGCCAGGCAGAGGCUGAAGGGGAUGAAAGAUGACAAGGAGGAGGAGGAGGAGGGAGGCACCGACUCUCCACAGCUCAACGACAGAUAAACGCUCCCCCCCCCCCGCCCCUGGCAGUAACGCACCCACGGGCGUUGGCCUUUCCGUCGUCCGUCGUGUUUCUGUUUCUGUCUGGGGCCUUUAGGGUGCAUCCACACUGUUCCUCUGUGCUCCCGCCCCCACCCUCCCCACCCCAUCCCAGGAAGUCCCCCUCCCACUCAACCCACGGCGCAAAGGAGGUUUCAGGAAAACACCCCUCAUGCUACCCCCUCCCAGACUCCUGGACCAGAUCCUUGCCCCCUCCCCACGUCGGACACUGUUGAGCCCCUCCUCCCAUCCCUCUCCCCCUGUCCCGCGGCAGGGUAACAAGCCGCGGGCCCUGCCUCAGGCCCGAGGAGCGAACCCCCCUGCAGCCUGAAAGUUGGGUGGGGGGUGGGGGCACCUUGAAUUCUGGAUGAACCCCCCCCAGCCCAUGUUGCCUUCGCAGACCCCACAGUCUGCUCACAUGCACGUCCCUCCAACACGUCCCUCCCACCCAUCUCCAUCGCCCUUGCAGGUUUGCUCUACCCCAGCCCAAGCAAGAGACUGCAGUCCCACCACCACCAAACUGGGCUGGACUCUAGCCUGGAAUAAUUCAUUAUUCUGUCCCAGAUCUUGAUCAUGUGGGUCCUGCCUUAGUCCCCGGGGUGGGAGGCAGAGGCCUUUCAGGCUGGGGUCCCCAAAGCCCCCCCAGAUCCUUGCCAGUUCAUCCCAGCUCAGUUUGGGAUGAGGGCAGGGGUGGCUACUAAGCAUACACAUGUGGACUUACGGGGUUCUGUGUGGGGGGAAGUGUAGGGGAAGUGGAAAAGUGGAGGAAUUUCAACAGAUAAUGUCCUUCUUGAGACAUCAGGAACUGCUAGAUUCCUGCAGAGUCAAGGCUGUGCUUGGCCACCUCCCCCCAGCUGCUCAAGGCCCAGCCACCUGCCCCCGGCCGCUCUGGGCCCGGCCACCUACCCCAGGCCCCUCAAGGCCCAGCCACUUGCCUCCGGCUACCAACCCCCAGCCGUUUUGGGCCUAGCCACCUGCCCACAUUGCUCUGGGCCUGGCCACCGGCUCCGGUCACCAACUCCCAGUCGCUCGAGGCCCAGCCACCUGCCCUUGUCCGAUCUGGGCCUGGCCAGCUGCCCACAUUGCUUUGGGCCUGGCCACCUAACCCCGACCACCUACCCCUCACCGGUCUGGGGUCUAGCCACCUGCCUCUGACCACUAGAGCCCAGCCACCCACCCCUAACUGCUCUGGGCCUGGCCACCUGCCCCCGAACGGUCUGGGGUGUGGCCACCUGUCCUUGGCCACACUGAGGCCAGUCACCUGGCUCGGGCCCCUCUUGGCCAAGCCCCCUGCCCUGGGCUGGUCUGAAGUCCAGCCAUUUGCCCCAACCUGGAUCAGUGGGGGUAACAGAGGGCAGAGUGCAGCCCAGUCCGAGUAGUUCCGGCACACAACUCCAUUUUACCCAAAUUGCUGUGGACUUGGGGCAGGGAAGGCUCAAGGGGAUGGGCAGAGAAGGGAAGCGGGGCAGCCCACCAGGGUCCAGGCCUGGUUACCCAGCAGCUCGGCAGUGAGGAGGUGCAGGACUUACCCUUAAGGGAAAGGCCAGGGUAGUCUUCACGUUUGGGAGCUUCUUUGAGGGAAAUUUCUUGGAGGCUCAGAGGCCUUUGGCUCAGGGUGGGGGGAGGAGGGCCUGGCCAGGAUCAGCCCAGGGAGCGGGGUCACACCUUCUCCAGGGGUGUCGGCCAGAGGCGACGAGGACAGCAUUGAGAGAUCCCAAGAUCUGGAUCAUUCAAACUCCUACCACUCACCUACCCUGGAAGAAAAUGGGUUUGGUUGUUGAAAAGAGCGGGUUGGGUGUUGAGAUUUAGGGCAUGCUUUAGGUCCCGGUCAGCCCACGAUGGGGACAGAGCACCCCGGUGAGGGACAGAGGGAGGAGGGAGACCUCAACCCAGUCAGAUUGGGUGGGUUUGGGACCCCACCCUGGGGACGCCUGCCUAAGCACGAGUAGGGAGGCAGAAAUUUCCACGAUUUGGGAUUUCUUGUCUCCUAUGGUCCAUGGAGGAAUGUCUGCCCAUGGCAGGGUGAGGGUGGGAGUAGCCCCAUGGAUCAGAAGGCCAGUCACGUGUUCCUCCACCUUCUCCAAAGCUUAAAUUCUGAUCUAGCUGGGUCAAGCGGGGCAGCAGGCCUUCCACCAGUCACAUGUGACUCUCGUUAGGUCCAGCAGGGCCAACGAGAAAAGCCACCAAAUUCAAAGGGAUGCUGGGGGAUGCCCCUGAGUUUCUGACGAUGGGUUGGGCGGGGUGGGGAAUUGGCUGUGUCCCUGCUUCUACACUUCGAAGGGGGUCUCCCCCACCCCAGCACAGUGGGUCUGUCCAGGCCAGAAUUUGGGGGUUUGCCAGCCCAGACACCCAGGUCCCAGUUUCCCCAGGGAAGUAGGCCGGGUAGAGUUGAGUUCUGGGAAAAUUGGUUCCGCCUGAGGGGGAGAGAUUGAGCCUGGGGCCUGGAGAAAGAAGGGGUCAGCAUUACCCGAUUUGAGGUCUUCCCAGACUGCUCAGAAGCGUUUACGUCUGUCCGCCGACUUGAGGGAGGAAAGCUGGGAGUCUGGCCCACGCGGGUGAGGGGUAACAAUGUCUUUGCCCACUGUGAGGGCCCAAGAGUAGGAAGGGGCCUGAGUACCCCCAGCAGCCCCACACUUCCCUGCCUCAUCCCACCUACUCCCACCCGCGCAGACGCAAAAUAAACACAGCCCCAGUGGAUUUGCUUGUUUGGAAAACACGGUUUAUCCGGCCCCAGCGUGGGGAGACCCCGGGGCCAGCCAGUGGCCCGGUGUCCAUUAUGGGAUGAGCGUCCUGCCCAGGCCUACUCAAAGCCAUGCUGAGCCCAUUGGCACCGCGGGCCAGUGGACAGGCCUCCGGCUGCCUGGCCCGGCCCUGCCGGGGAGGGGCAUUGUGGCCCGUUGGGUGCCACGCUGCUCGCCCUUGUCCCCGCCGCGCUGUGCCGCCUACCCCGUGUUUCUGUCCAAUAAAUUAUUCGAGUUCGUUCCAUUCGA